AUGGCUACCCGAGUCUCUUUUGCAUAUAUUAGGCCAAAUUUGUUGGCCAAAGAAAUGUUCUGGAAUGAUUACAAAGAUUACGCUAAUGGUAAUAGCGGCCCCUGGAUUAUGAUGGGGGAUUUUAAUGAUAUUGUCGAUGAUAGUGAACAAUGGGGUAGUUCUGCGGUUAAUAUGAGUUGUUGUACAAGAUUUGUGAAUAACUUCAAUGAUUGUGGUCUCCUUUAUAUGGGCACCAUGGGGGUUAGGUAUUCCUGGUUCAGACAAGAAGGAGGUCGGACAAAGCUUUGUAGAAAACUUGAUCGGGUGCUCUGGAAUCUUGAUACUCGAGCUAAUUGA